UUCCACUGUCUCUGUCCCUCUCAAUCCCUAUUAUUCUACUUUUAGAGAGAGAGAGAAGCAGCAGCAAGUUCCAAAAGAAGGAAUUUUUAUUUUUUUUUUGCAGAGAAUCAUCGCCUUCAAUUCCUCACUCCCAAAAACCCCAUACCCGCCAAUCCAAGAACAAGAAAACUGGAGUUUGAGGAAAUCAAGCUAACGUUGUAAAAACUGAAGAGGAAAUUGGUUUAAUUUUGGUUUGUGGAUUGAGUAACACUCAUGACUCGGAGGAAGAUAAAGAUAAAGAAGAUCGACAACAUUGCAGCCAGGCAGGUAACAUUCUCUAAGAGGAGAAAAGGGCUUUUCAAGAAAGCUGAAGAGCUUGCCGUCCUUUGCGACGCCGAAGUCGCCCUCAUCGUCUUCUCCGGCACCGGCAAGCUUUUCGAUUUCGCUAGUUCCAGAAUGAAGCAUAUCCUUCAAAAAUAUGUAUCUCAUUCAAGUAACAUCCACAAUUACCCACGCCCUCUUCAAUUUCUGCAGCAAGAGAAUAGCCUUCAAGUGAGAUUAAACAAGGAGAUUUCUGACAAAACUCGUGAGCUUAGGCAGAUCAGUGGUGAAGACCUUGAAGGAUUAAGCUUAGAGGAACUAGAAGAACUGGAGCAAAAGCUUGAAGUUGGAUUAAACCGAGUGUCUGAGACCAAGGAUGAUCAGUUGAGGAAUGAGAUUGCUACCCUUCAAUACAAGGGUGCUGAGCUCAUGGAAGAAAAUAAUCGGUUGAAACAACAAGUUGCAAAUGACAGACAAAACGGGCGGAAUGUUGGUGACAUGGAUCGCAUGAUCCUAGAAGAGGGUCAGACAUCUGAUCAGUCCAUCACCAAUAAUAGCACCACCCAGCAGCCGCCUCUACAGGCUGCAAACUGCUCAGAUACAUUGCUGAAACUCGGGCUACCCUUUCACUAGCUGAACAAGACCAUCAGAAAUAAUGCAUGCCCAGGAAGCUGGAGAGUAUAUGUAUAAGGUUGCAUUGUCUCAUGUCUGGUAGAAGUGCUGUAUGAACCUGUGAUCUGAAUUGAAAGAUCUGAUCUGAUGUGCGUGUAUGUGAAUUGUG